AUGAGCAUCCUGCUCAACUAUGUCCCGCCGACCUCCAUCAUCACCCAAGUAGACAACAAUAAGAAGAAGAAGGCAUCCCUCGUGCAAGGCGUCUUCGCGCUCGAGAUUAUCCCAGACGAGAAGGACUGUCAUCCGGGAUCAAACGAACAUGGCUGGACCUCAUCCAUCCGUCAAUGUGCUGCCUGCGCAUCGGUCGGUCGCACGUCUACCGUCGCCUCCACUGUACAGCUCGAGGACUACCUCAACUACCGCCUAGAUUUUGAGAAGUUAACAUGGUUCUUCUUUCAGAAACCGUCCUGCAUCUCGCAUGACUACCAAUGGCUCCAGAUGGAAUUGAAGAUCUCCGAAUCGGGCGACGUCAAACCCCUUUUUCAGAUGCGGCCAGUCCCUGGCCUCCACUUGCCGUACGUCCCAGUCUGUAUCGUUGUUGACAAACGUGCGUACCACGAUGCCUACGAUGAGUGGGAGUCAAAGUAUAGAUGGCCGCUUAUUCCUGAACCUGAACCUUUCGCCCCUCCCAAUGCUGUGGACGAGGAGAAUAAGAUCAAGAUCUCGCUCCGCGGUCGUACGCUGCAAGUGAUUGUCAAGCUAGCGAAUAUCGUCCUCACCCCAGAGAACCCGAAGUACGCCGGUGGGUCGUGGCACGUCGAGGGAAUGGCGAACGAGAACAUCGUCGCUACGGGCCUCUACUACUACGCGUGCGAGAAUAUCACCGAGUCGCGCCUCGAUUUCCGGACUGCAAUCGGCGCUGAUGACGAAGGACGCGCGCUAGAGCAUCUGCAGGAUGACGACCAGGGAUUCUUGACUGCCUUCGGGCUGCAACGCCCAAUGAACCAGUAUCUGGGGUAUGUCGUUGCGGAUGAGGGCAAGUGUGUCGCGUUCCCGAAUGUCUACCAGCACCGUGUCGACGAAUCUGAGCUGGCGGAUCCGACGAAGCCGGGGUACCGGAAGGUCUUGUGCUUCGUCGUGAAUCUCUUCGUUUGCAUCCUGUCGAAAGGCGACCUUCCCCCACAACAAGUCCGUCCGGGCAUCUGGAUGGUUUUACUGUGGACGCUGUCGUCCACAGCGACAACAUCAUCUCACAGAAUGCAACACUGUUGA